CUUUUCUGACGAGCGAGUUUCCCCCCGGAAGACAAAGCUGUGGCACCGCUCCUGUCUGAGCGUCUGUGUUGACUUGUCUUUGGCGUUUGUUGACGUUGUGGCUGAGCGUCGUCAUGGAUGAAGAAACGGAGAGAGCCAAGCGCUGGGAAGGCGGCUACGAGAGAACAUGGGAGGUGCUGAGGGAAGAUGAAUCUGGUUCCCUCAGAGCGUCAGUGGAAGAAAUCCUGUUCCAGUCUAAAAGGAAAAGGGUGAUCAAGAGCCAUGAACAAGUUAGGCUUGGAAUGAUGCGUCACCUCUAUGUGGUGAUCGACUGCUCCAGAACUAUGGAAGACCAGGAUUUAAAACCAAACCGCCUCACCUCCACUCUGAAGCUGAUGGAAGCAUUUGUCGAUGAGUAUUUUGACCAGAACCCGAUCAGUCAGGUCGGCAUCAUCACCACAAAGAAUAAGAGAGCGGAGAAGCUGACUGACCUGGCAGGAAACCCAAAGAAACACAUCACGGCUCUGAAGAAGGCGGUGGUGGACACUGUGUGUGGAGGAGAACCGUCCCUCUACAACGCUCUCAACCUGGCCUUACAGGCCCUCAAGCACAUGCCGGGACACACGAGCCGUGAGAUCCUGAUCGUCCUCAGCAGCCUCACCACAUGUGACCCGGCCAACAUCUACGAACUCAUCAAGACUCUGACGUCGCUGAAGGUGCGGGUGUCGGUGAUCGGCCUGUCGGCGGAGGUGCGGGUGUGCACGGUGCUGACGCGGGAGACGGGCGGUCUGUACCACGUCAUCCUGGAUGAGAGUCACUUCAAAGACCUCCUGAUGAUGCACGUCAAGCCUCCGCCGGCCAGCUCCUCGUCUGAGUGCUCUUUGAUACGCAUGGGUUUUCCUCAGCACGCCAUCGCUUCUCCGUCAGACCAGGACGCCAAACCUUCAUUCAGCAUGUCUCACCUGGACAGCAGCAGCAGUGAUGCAGGUCUGUCUCUGGGAGGAUACUUCUGUCCUCAGUGCCACGCCAAGUACACCGAGCUUCCAGUGGAGUGUAAAGUCUGUGGUCUGACUCUGGUGUCGGCGCCACAUCUGGCCAGAUCCUUCCACCACCUCUUCCCCCUCCAGGCGUUCACAGAGAGUCCAGUGGAGGAGCUUCAGCAGGGAGACAGGUUCUGUCAGGCCUGUCAGGGGGAGCUGAAGGACAAACUUACGUUCACGUGUCCGUCGUGUCGCAGUGUUUUCUGCGUGGAGUGUGACCUCUUCAUCCACGACGCUCUGCACUGCUGCCCCUGCUGCAUCCACACACACACCGCCCGCUGACACACACACACACACACACACACGCACACACACACACGCUGGCUCAUCAUGUUGGUGUUGUGUUGACAGGACAGUUGAUGUGACGCAUGCAGGAUCAUGUGACGGUCAGGAAGUCAAGAGACUGGAUCCUAAUGUGAAGGAGGAGGAAACGUCCGGAUCUUUUAAAGACGGUGUUGUUGAAAUUGUAAAAAAACACUUGAUAUAACAUAUAUAUGUGGAGUCCAGGAAGCGACAUAUGUGGAAAAAGAAAAUCAUGUUGGCCACGCAAUAAUAACGUGUGGGAAAAAUAUACGUCACACGUGACCACACAACAACUAUGUGUGGAAAUGAGAUAUUUAAUGUGUGGCCAUGCAGUAAUAAAGAGUGGUAACAUGAUACAUCACUCAUGGCCAAUGUAAAAGUCUGGCUAAGCGCUAUGUAUAAUACGGUAACACGUAGCCACGAUGAAAACACAUGGGAGCGCAGACCAGGCAUAAAGGCGAGCCAAUCACAGCUCUCGGUCAUAUUUUGUAGGAUCGCAGCCUCAUUGAUCUGGUUUGAAACCAAACAGGUACAUCUACUCAUUUUUAAUUAUGUUAUCACGAUAUCUGACUCCAGAUGUGAUAGAAGAGUAAUGCUAAUGAGUAAGGCGUGGCCAGAAACUGCACAGAUUUAUGUUGAUGAUACAAUAACAUAUAUAACAAACAAUAAUGUGUUAUUAAUGUAUGGGAAUGUGAUUUUUUGUCACCCCCCCGGGCUCUGUAUGUAAGUUUAAAGUGUUUAAAUGUGAUUUAACUAUUAUGGUCCCGUCGAUACGUUUAGAGACAAGAUUAACUUUUAUAGUUUUGUUAUUUUUUACACUUGAGUUAAAGGGUGAGUUUAGAAUUUCUGCUUUCCAUCAACUAUUCCAUCGUGUGAACUGAGCGGCUUUAUAUGUGACACGUGUUUCGUCACCAUUUUUGUACAACGGUUAAAAUAAAUCGGAUUUUUGUA